CUGCAGGCGGCAGUCUGAUAGCGGAAGUUCGUACCGCUAGUGGCUCCAGUUCAGGCGGAUCCCGUCAGUGUCUGAUCUCAAACUUUGUGUCAAACCAAAAAACAUCUGCAAGCCGGUGACAUGGGGGAUAAGGAGUUGAUGUGGGCCCUGAAAAAUGGAGAUAUGGAUGAGGUGAAGACUCUAAUGGUGAAGGCGGAGGACGUGAACCGGACUCUGGAGGGCGGACGAAAACCUCUUCACUACGCUGCAGACUGUGGUCAGGCCGAGAUCCUGGAGUAUCUUCUGUCUAAAGGAGCAGAUGUCAAUGCUCCAGAUAAACAUGGUAUCACUCCACUGCUGUCUGCCACUUACGAGGGUCACGUGGCCUGCGUCAAGAUUCUUCUAGAAAAGGGUGCCGAUAAAAACCGAAAAGGUCCGGAUGGACUCAGUGCAUUCGAGGCGGCCGAGAGUGAGGCCAUCAAAGCUCUACUGAAGUGAGUCACUCGCUGCUGAACAACAGAGAGGAUCCAAACCGCAGCCACUGAAUCCAUCAAACACACACAAACCUCUCUGUCUCUGCCCACCGGCUGCAUCAGCUCCUCUUGCUUCCUGUUGUUUUAGUUUUUCAUGAUCUUAUUUUAUUUUGGGAGACAAGCAGGCGGUUUCUCAUCUAGAUUAUCAAAUAGCAGCCAUUGGCUGACGGAUCUGUCACUCGCGCCUCCCGUAAGGACCAGUGGGAAAGCGGUUGGACUCUGCCUGUAUAACGCCACUAAAAGCAGAAUGUAGAUUUAAAGAAUGAAAUUGAUGUGUGCAUUUAUUUUUCAGACUGUAAGUGGAGUGAUUGUGAUAGUUAGAGGUAGAUAGUUAUAACAUUACACUCCGGCCCCACGUCAAACCGACGACAUUCCUGCAGUCUUCAUAUUAGCUGUUCAAAGAACAAAAUUAAACUUUCAGAUGCUUCAAACGUUUACUGGCUGCACAUUUGCUUCGUGUCCUCUUGAAUUUAUGUCAUUGUAGAAAGAAAUAAAAAGUUGAUUUUUGAGUGUUCAUCAGCUUUCAGAAAGGCAUUUAGCCAGAUGAUGAUAGACCCGUCUCUCUCUCUUUCAUGGGGGUAGACAUGUUUUCUGCUGUCUUGCAUCUGUCGUCCUUUCUGGAAUAUGACUUCUUUCACUCUUAGUCUCUUUUUGUCUCUCUCUCUCUGCAUGAUGGUAUUUCAGCUUUUCAGUACAGUCUUGGUCCGAACCAUCUCCUCAAGUGAAUGUUUUAAACCUCAAUAUCUGGCAUUGUUGUAAAGUCCAUUUAAAAACAGAGAAACAAAUAAAAAGAUUUGAAAUGAC